AACAAAUGCCACAAACAAAGCAGCCUCCCCAGCCACCUCCUUCACAAUAUAGUGUGCGUCAAGGUCCUAGGCCAAAUCUCACACCCCUAAACCACCAGAAACAGAGUCCUACACUCUCUCACCAACAACAUCCUUCAACAUCACAUAUACAUGAUGAUCUAUUUGAAGACAAUGAAGAUGUGGAAGAAGAGAUCAUUGAUUGGAAACCCAAUACCUACGGUGAUCUUAAGUGGGGAGAAGAGCCAUUAGAUCCUUUCAAAUCUAUUUCAGUGGCAAAAUUUCAAAGACCCAAUAUUGGUGUAAAUGCAACAGGAGAGCUUGUCAAUAUUUCUGUCAACAAAACAAGUUUAAAGUUUCAAGGCAUUCUCUCAAAACAAAUCAAGUACAAUCUACAUCCAGCAGGUCAACAGUGGAAAUGGGUCCCUAAAAGGACAAAACAAUUGUAUUGGGAACAAUUCCAGGUUUAUUUAUUUUAAGAUAAAUCAUAUUAGUUAUUUACUCAUGUGUAUUUUGGACCUUAAGAUAAUUUAUAACAAUAAACACCUAUUUAUAAAACAAUAUUCUUUAUAUGAUCUUAAUGGUUAAAGAAUCUUUGACGUAUAGGAUGUAGUGACUUGGGAUACUUCUAAGUAUCAACUUGAAGAUAUCAGGAUAGCUUUCAAAAAUCAUAUAAAGAGUCGUGCUUACUCACGUAUUAUGGGUGAUAUCAGGUUAGCACAAUGAAUGAUGUUACUUCUUAUUCUGUGGCUUAUUUAAUUAAAUUGGAAUUUAAUGUCAUAUCUUUAUUAAAAUUUCAAGGAAAAAGCGACCUUCAACAGUGAAUAACUUCACUUGGGCUGCGGUGCAAGAAUAUAUGAGGUCAGAACAAUUUAAAAAGGCAUCUCAGUCAGGUAAGAAGAAUCGUAUUGCCGGUGGAGACAGGUGCAAACAAUAUGGAGGAUCUAAAGCCGCAAUUGAUGUGGCUGAAGAAGAGAUUUUUUCUCUAAAUUAUUAUGAAACUUCGUAUGAUGAUUUUCAUUUCUAGUACUUCAUUGGGCGAUAUAGGGUGACAGUUUUAUACUUUGGACUGCUAUUGUUUUUCAGUUUUUGGUUUUCUAUUUGCUUUGAAUAUAGAAAACAAACUUUCAGCUUUGAGUUUUCAAUAUUUUAUUUUCAUUUGUUUUCAGUUUUUCAGUUUUUAUUAUGAAACUUGCUUUAUUUUUUCAUUUGAUAAAUUUUCAUUUCUUUUCAGUUGUUAUGUUUUUGGUUGAUAUCUUUUCAGUUUUUAUUAUAUACGGAGUAUGAUACUUGCUUAAUUCUUUUCAAUUUUCAUUUUCUUUUCAUUUUUUUCACUUUCAGUUUCCAGCGCUAAGAGUAUAGGUCAGCCUGUGUUUUCAGUUUGGGCAUGCUCUAGAUGCUAACUGACAAAUUUUUAUGUAUGCCCUGAAAUAGAUUUGGUGUUGUUAAUUAGAUGCUCAUAUGCAGCGUGUGUUUCAUUGUUUCAUUUGGAUGGCAAUUAUUAUAAUGUGUAAUUUUUAUUUUAAAAGUUUAAUACUUUUAAUUGCUUCGUUGGAUGAUGGUUUGCAUUUUUUUUAGUUGAGACUUACCGGUGAACACAUAAAUCCUUUGAAACUUUGUAAGACAUUCCACCCCGAUAAAAGGAAAAAUGGAGAGCUAAUCGAUCAUUCCUCACACUCAAAAAUUAUGGUAUGCCAUUAUUUUUUCACUUUUCAUUUUGCAAUGUUUCUUUGUAUGUAAUUAUCUGAAUUUAAUGUGAGUAUUUAUGUGAUUUAAAUGAUGGAAAAUAUAUUUAUUAGAAAUGUAAAUAAUAAUCUAAAUACAUAUACUUAAGUGACUGUAUUGUUUCUCUAAAAAAGUGAUUGUAUUGUUCUAAACUAAGCAUAUAAA